AUGUCAUCCUCAUGGGCAACUGUCGUGGCCAUCUAUGAUCCUCAUGUCAUUGACGUGGUCGGCACUCAGCUCAUCCAACUCGUCUUUUGGUGGCUGCCUUGCACCUUGUUCGUGCUCCUCGAUACCCUAGCCCCGAGCUUUUCCGCAAGGCACAAGAUCCAACCGGCGCCCAAACAGCCAAGCAGCGCAGACGUCAAGCACGCUGCCUGGGUCUCCGUUCAGAACCAGGGGAUUGUCCUUGCUCUUCAAGUAUUACUGGCCGUCUUGGCUGUGCUAGCGAAUCGACCACCGGCGCUCCAGGUCACUGCUAGCUUUCCGAGCUUGAGAGACUUUAGCCAGGACUUCCUCAUCUGCCUCCUUGCUCGUGAGGCCCUGUUUUACUACUCUCACCGGAUCCUGCAUACCCGGUCUCUGUAUGCGGCCAUCCACAAGUUCCACCAUCGAUUCACAGCACCUGUGUCGUUUGCUUCACAGUAUGCCCAUCCUAUCGAGCAUGUCAUGGCCAAUACAUUGCCGAUUGCACUUCCACCGCUGCUCUUGCGCACGCACAUCCUCACAAUGUGGACAUUCCUCGCUUGGCAACUUGUAGAGACGGCCACCGUGCACAGCGGCUUCGACUUUUUACAUGGCGCGGCACGGAAACAUGACCGACAUCACGAGAGGUUCAACGUCUACUUUGGGGGGCUUGGACUGCUAGAUUGGAUCCAUGGUACAGGCGAAAUGAGAAGCAGCAAGAUCGAAUAA